AAGAAAUAGUCUGAUGGGCAGCGUCCGGGGUGAAUUCAGCCAGUUGGUAAGCUUAGAGGUUCUUAGCAUAAGCGAAAAUGAAAUUUCAGGUACGAUUCCGCCACCGCUAUACAAUCUCUCCUCUAUUAAGUGUUUGGACGUAGGAUGGAACAGAUUGCAAGGAAACCUUCCACCUAACAUCGGCCUCACUCUUCCUAAUCUCCAAGAACUUCAUGCUGAAGGAAACCAAUUCACAGGACCCAUACCAGUUUCAUUAUCCAAUGCUUCAAGACUUUUACUUAUUAAACUUGGCAACAAUAGUUUUAGCGGGUCUGUGCCUAUGAAUUUUGGAAGACUCAAGGGUCUCUCCAAGUUAUAUUUGGGAGGCAAUCGACUUGGAAUUGGGAAAUCUCACGACUUGAGUUUUCUCCAUUCUUUGACAAAUUGCAGUAGCUUACAAGAACUGGACGUAAGCGAUAAUCGUCUCAGCGGUUCGUUGCCUGACUUUAUGGGCAAUCUUUCAACCCAGCUGAGAAUACUAUGGUUUGGGAGUAACAGGAUUUUCGGAAGCAUACCAUCUGGGAUUCAGAAUCUUGUCAGCUUAACAACACUGAGAAUGGAGUACAACUCUCUUACAGGUAUUAUUCCCAUUGGUGUUGUGAAACUUAACGAAUUGAGACGACUUUCCUUGGGUGGGAAUGAAUUAUCAGGGGAAAUUCCAUCUUCCUUGGGCAAUAUCACCCAAUUGUACUUACUUGAUUUGUUUGGGAACAAUCUAUGGGGAACCGUACCUUCAAGCAUUGGAAAUUUUACAUUCUUGCAGUUUAUACACCUUGACAAUAAUAACUUGAGCGGUACCUUACCCAGAUCACUUUUCAGCAUUCCCUCUUUGACUGAACUCCAUGUUGAAAGUAACUCCUUUACUGGCGAUCUUCCAUUCGAAGUCAGUUAUUCAAAUGCUCUUGGAAGAUUCAGUGUUUCUAAUAACAAAUUGUCAGGUGAAAUUCCAAGCCCGCUAGGCAAUUGUCUCAGCUUAGAGUAUCUCUGUUUGGAUGGGAACUUGUUUCAAGGAUUAAUUCCUCCAACAUUUGCUAAUCUAAAAGGCCUUCGACUCCUGGAUCUUUCACGCAACAACUUAUCUGGAAUGAUUCCACAAGGCUUGGAGACGUUUGCUCUAGAGUAUCUAAAUCUAUCCUUCAAUAAUUUGGAGGGUGAAUUACCAAAACAAGGGGUUUUUGGAAAUGUCAGUCAAGUUUCAGUGCUCGGAAAUAGUAAGCUUUGUGGUGGUUUUCAAGGAUUACAAUUGCGUCCAUGCCCUAUCCAAGUUUCCAAGAAACAUAGAAAGUCUCUUGCUUCAAAACUAAAAAUCUCAAUUAUUAUUGUCGUCCUGUGUCUUGUUUCAUUAUCAUGUUUCUUUACCAGUCUUUAUUGGGUGAGAAAGUCGAAGCGGAAACCUUUUGCUGUGCCUUCUGUGGAGGAUAAGUUGAGAAGGAAACCUGCUGCUGUGAAUAAGUCGAGAAUGAAACGUUUUGCCGUGAAUAAGUUGAGAAGGAAACCUGUUGCUGUGCCUUCUGCGGAGGAUUCUUUUAUGAAAUUGUCUUAUGCAGAGCUCUCUAAAGCAACAGGUGGAUUCUCUGCUGCCAAUUUGGUUGGCACCGGAAGAUCUGGCGCUGUAUAUAAAGGGUUUCUAGAUCGUUAUAAAACUGUAGUAGCAGUGAAAGUCUUCAACCUCGAACGCCGAGGAGCCAUGAGGGGUUUCAUGUCCGAAUGCGAAACCAUGGGAAAUAUUAGGCAUCGGAAUAUUGUUAGGAUAUUAACAUGUUGCUCAAGCAUUGAUUUUAAGGGUAAUGAUUUUAAAGCUCUGGUUUAUGAGUACAUGCCCAAUGGAAGUCUAGACAAGUGGUUGCACAGUGAUGGCCAGGAACAGCUGCAGAGGAACUUGAACUUUCUUCAAAGGCUAAACAUAGCUAUAGAUGUGGCUUCUGCUCUGAUUUAUCUAUACCGAAGGUUAAUCAUUCAUCGAGAUUUAAAACCGAGCAACAUUCUUCUUGACAAUGACAUGAUUGCUCGUGUGGGUGAUUUCGGGCUUGCCAAGUUCUUAUCUGAGGUUGCUCAAACCAGGACUGUUGUGGUGAUGGGAACUGCUGGGUACAUCGCGCUAGAGUAUGGGAUGGGCAGUAAACCAUCUACACAAGGAGAUGCUUACAGGUAUGGAAUCUUUCUAUUGGAGAUGAUCACUGGAAAGGGGCCAACUAAUGACAUGUUUAAGGACAACCUAACCCUUCAUCAUUUCGCUAAAUUGGCUUUGCCUGAACGUGUAAUGGAGAUUGUUGAUCCACGAUUACUUGAAGAAGAAGCAGAAGUUUCUCAAUGCAGUGUAAAUCAUAUCAAUACAAUGAAUAGAAUGGGUGACUGCUUGAUUUCAAUGGUCAGAAUUGGUGUGAUGUGUUCCAUGGAAUCUCCAAGAGAACGAAUGGAUAUGGAAGUUGUUCUCACGGAAAAGAAUGCGAUCAAGGACUUAUAUCUCGGGGAUGAGAUUCACCAAGACAAACAAGUAAUUAGGUCACAGCUGUUAUGUGAAGGUCCAUCUUACAUCAGUCAUUCAUUAGAUAUUAUUGGUAGUUAUGCUGAGAAAGAUUCAAACUAAAAUAAGUUUGUUGAAUACUUUUUUAACAAGCUCUAGAUAUAUUUAGUCUUGGCUUGUAUUGAUGGUGAAUAUAUGGGAAGAUGUCUUUCUUUACUUUCUUUCUUUUUGUUUGUAUGUUUUAUUUCAUUUGAGGCAAAGGGAGAUUGUCCCAUGAAUGUAUGAGACAAAGGCAUCAUCUUAUAACUAUAUGAAUGCUAUUGGGUUAUUGAGAUGUUUAAUCACUAAAGCAUUUUAUUCAA